AUGAUAGGAAGCAGACUUUAUAUAUUCGGGAGUAUUUUAUUAACAAUUAUUGUUAUUACACAUACAUAUAUAUCUGAAGAUCACUUCUACUCAACAAUUACCCACAUUGCUAAGUCAAGAUCAAUUUUAUUAGUUUUAUUCAAUUUCGGGAUCGUGAUCUGUAUUUUAUUUUUCCAGUUUUUGAUCUAUAUUUUCUUCCAAACGCUAAAAUCAGCAGAAACCCAACAUAUGCAGAGCCAAGCCAUACAUCAUGGAUUUCAGCUGGUAAUGGUACUUUACAUGCUUGAUAUAGAAUUUGAUUGAGUGAUUGCGAUGCAUGCUGCAACAAAUAUUGCGAUAACAGCUUGGCAUGCUUUAGCAAUGAAAAGAGUUGAAUAUGUAAUUAUUAUACAGCUAUUCGCAGAAAGAUAUGCAAAAUCUGCUUAUGUCAGGAUGAUGAUUCUACAUAUAUUGCUAAUAGUCAUCGACUAUAUUUUUAUUACAUUGGAAAUCAAUAAUAAAUUUUACGAAACUUUGAAUGUCUUUUUGAGCUAUGAAGUAAUUUUUACUUACUCUCUUAAAAGUGAGCAACAUUUUGCUCACUAAAGGGUGUUUUAAUCGAAAUUUAAUAUUAAUUUAUUUUCAUUUGAAUUUCAAAGUAUAAAUUAUGUUUUAGAAUGCAAGCUGGUUAAAAUUAAAUAAAACUAGCGUAUAUUAGUCAAUAAUCAAAAUAUUUUUUAAAAAAAUUCCAAUGGAGGGGAUUAAAAUCUCAAAAAAAUGAUUUUGCUUGCUAAUUGGGGAGAGGAGUUAGUAUAUACUUAUGCUUUUUGAAAUACUAAGAUCAUUGAUUUCAUUUUUACUAUGAUUAAUAUAAUAAAUACUAUAUUCUCCAUACACGAAAUAUUUCUAAAUAAUAAUAAAUAAAGGCAUUAAAUAAUAAAAAUUGAGGCAAUAGCACUUGAAUUGGCAUAAACACUUUUGAAAGAAUAUUUAAACCUGAAGGCUGGGAAUAUAAAGCAAGCUUGCUUAGCAUUACUGAGUUCCUCUUUAAUGUGAUUGCAUUAGGAAUCAUAAUUGUCGAACUCUCUAUUUUAUCACGCAGAAGUGCUAUGGGCAUCUAUUUCCUCGACAGAGCCAUUAGCUCAAUUGUAGGCAUCUACAAAUGCUUUAAAACCUUCAUUAGCUCCAGAAAACUCCUCACAAAAAUUGACAAAUUUAAAGACGCAACUCCUGAAGAAAUCCACGCAGCAAACGAUAAAUGCAUUUUCUGCCUCGACCACCUAACCCAGGCAAAGAAAAUCAACUGCGGGCAUCUUUUCCACUACAAAUGCUUAACUCCUCCCCUUGUGAGCGAACAAAAAAAUCUUGUUCGCUCACAGAGGGGGGUAUAUUUUUUUUUUUAAAAUUUAUAUAUAAAUUUUCUAGAAAUUUUUUUUUUUGUUGAAAUAAUAAAAAAAUCCUAAUUCGCAAAAAUUGGAAAGCAAAUAUUAAUUUAAUUUAUAAAAUUGUUUUUAAAACGUAAUUUGUUAAAAAUUAAACAGAUUAGUAUAGAAUACAUUAUAAUAGUUAUCACUUAUAUAUCAUUUUUUUUUCAUAAAAAUUUUUCUAUUAAAAAAAUUUUUGUUCACGGAGAGUGGGUUUUUGGGCAAAGAAUAGGGAUUUUUCUAAUGGUUUUGUUCGCUCACGGAAGGGGGAGUAAGAGACUAUUUCCAGCAGUCAAAUGAGCAGCAUAAAUGCCCUACUUGUAGAGCAGACAUUGAUGAGGUAAACCCUAUAAUCCAGCAUAAAUAUAAUGAGCAAAGUCAGCAGAAAAUAAUCAAAUCUAUGAUGAUAGAAGAGCUUCCAAAAGGAUUUGAGCAAGGAAAAGUAGUAAGUAUUGGCGCUGUUGUGUGGGGAUUGCCACAAGCUGUGACUUAUCAUAGGAUUUCAAGUUAUGAAGAAGAAGUGAAGCAGUCUAUUGAAGAAAUAAAUACUUUUAUGAUAAGGUUUUAUCAGCAUCCGCCAGAUCAGGUGGAAGAUGAAGUUUUUGAGGAAAGCAAAGAAAGCAGUCCAGAAGAGUUCUCUGGGAAAAUCCCAAAAAGUGCGCUGUCUAGAUAUGAAUCGUUGAGCAUAAAUCAGUAA